AUGUCGUUCGUUCCGGAAGGACAUGACCAUGAAGGGCCAAUUAUUUACACCAAAUGCAAGAAACUAUGUGGGAAAUACAAAGUCGGAAAAUGUAGUUUAACUUGUGAAAUCAAGAAGGGUUGUCAUGCGGAUGAAGCAAUUUGGGACAACUGUUGGAAGGGCUAUUACAACAAGAAAGCUGCAGUGAUACCAUGUAUGAAGAAAUGCCAGAUAUGUCAUACACCAGUCCAACCAACUCCUCCGCCACCAACGCCACCGUCGCCACCACAUCAACCAUAUUACAAAUGUCAGACAAUAUGCAAGAAAUACUAUCUCAGUAAAUGUAGUUCCAUCUGCAUAAUCAAACCGGGAUGUCACGCUGUUGAUACGAUUUGGGACAGUUGUCUGGGUGGGUAUGAUAAUGAGAAAGAAGCAGUGGUCCCAUGUAUGGAAGAAUGCCAGAUAUGUGAUGAUCCUCCACUGCCAUUAGGGCCCCCGAAACCCGAUUGUCGAGAAGCACAUUGUUCCCCAUGUCCAUAUGAAUGGCGCCUGGUGAAUAACAAAAGCUGCACAUUGGUGUAG